AAAUACCUCUUCAUUAAAAUGCCAUCCUAGUUACAAAGCCAGACAAAACAAUCUUUUUCUCAACAGGAUGCACAUACCUUUCAAACGGACAACUAAAUUACAAGAAUCACUUGUUAGUUGUUGCAUCUAUAAAAAAAUAAAAACCCUGCAAUUUCCAGUCAGUGCACAUAUUAUAAGGCAAUUCACACUCGGCUCACGCUCAAGCCAUGCCAUGCCGCAUGCCAGCCCUCACUGGAUACUACGGAGCACGUUAGAAAGCGACCUUGCAUUACCUAACUUCUACUCAGGCGCAUUACGUACAUAUGCGUACAGGCGGUCGUUGAUUAAAAUAUACAGAUAAAGAACGAACUGAAAUCCAAGGUUGUUUAUAAAAGUUAGAUUACAAUUUAUGUAACCAAUCUUGUCGAUUUAGCCUUGAGUCGAGCCUUGAGGAAGAGUUUUCUUACCAAAGAAUAAUAUUUACCCACUAUACGGAACGUGCACGACACCAGCGCCACCAUGUAAACGCAACAAAAGGGGAGUAUGUCAAACAGUGAAUGACAAGUGCAUAAUGUUUAUUGUUCUAAAAUAAAUAAAGUAAAUAUAUAGAAAGACAAUAAAUAGUGUUUUUAUAGAUAUAUGUUAAAAACAAUUAAGGAGAACAUGGAUGUGAUUAUAAAAACUGGUUUUGAGAGUGUAAAACAUGAAAUAAGUUUCCAGCCCCAAACUAUGCUGAAGGGAAAAAAAAUGGUUUUAGCUGAACACGUAAGGAAUGUCGAAGAACUAAGAACUAAUGGCAAUAGUUAUUUAAUACGAGCAAACAUCAUUCGUCAAACAUCGGUGACCGUAACACCCUAUAACACAAGUUUAAACAUAAAUAGUUCUCGGGUUGUCACCGGAGUAAAGUGCAGCUGCGUUUACAACCAAAGCGGCAAAUGCAAACAUGUUGCUGCUCUAAUAUGUUACAUUAACGACAAAGUUAGUCAUUCAAAAACAAGCUGUGAACAACAAUGGGGCAAACCCAGCAUUCGUCAAUUUGUUCAAUGUAAAUACUCCAAAGGGAGGUACUUUCAAGAUAUGUUUCCAUCAGUAUCCAAGACUGAAUGUUGUAAACCACAAUCAAUAAUAAGGCAUGAUGAAUUAUUGCAAGAGUCAUCGUUGAAACAAAUAUUACAGGCAACAGAGCAGACUCUAGAUUCAAACCUAGUAACUGAAGUUGUGUCUGAUACAUCGGACAAAGUUGAUUUGGAAAAAGAAGACUGCUUAGCUUGUUUAAACUUUUUUUUUACAGUUAAGAGUGAAUUUCAAUUAUACAAACGUGAUUACCCGCUAGCAGAAAAUCUAGAAGAAUAUUAUAAGAAAUAUGUAGCUGUAACGAAUGAAGACAUAAUUAACAUUUGUUGUAAUACAAUGAAGCAAUCAGACUGUCCAAACUGGUAUGCAAUUAGACACUUGAGGAUAACUGCAAGUAAAAAUAUACAUAGUAUAAAAUCACGUAAAACCAAAUCCAUAGAAAGUUUAGUGUCAAGUAUUUUAAAACCAAAGAAAAUUGAUUGUGUUGCAACCCGGUAUGGCUUAUGUAAUGAAAAAGAUGCUAUAUUACUUUACGAAAAAAUAAAUUUCUGUAAAGUGAAAACUGUUGGUGCAAUUAUUAGUAAAGAGCAACCUUGGCUGUGCGUUAGCAUUGAUGGAGUAGUGGUUGAGGAUGGAUGUGUGACAAAGCUUGUCGAAGUGAAAUGUCCAAUUUCAUGUGAAAAAAAACCUGUAGUUGACUUUGCUAAUAAUUUAUGCAAUGUGGAUUACUUAGUUCUUAUAAACAAUGUUUUAGAAAUAAGGCAAAGCCAUCCAUACUACACUCAAGUCCAGUCACAAAUGUAUGUGACUGGAAUGACAAUAUGUGAUAUUUUUGUCUAUUCACCAUUGAGAAAUGCCAGUGUGGCUGUACAAGUUAACCGUGAUGAACAAUUCAUUGAAGAAAUUAAGAUUCGUCGAAUUAAUUAAUUUUCCUUUUGUAUGUUGCACAACACAAUGCGAGCAACACAAUUCGCACUUGUUGAUUCGUACGUUUUGACAUGAAAGCAUUUCGUGACAAAAGAUGUAAAUGCUUAUUGCGUACGGUUUAAGUAUUUAUGAAAUCCAAAGGCCAGUCACUUGUUUUGUCAUUUUAAGAGUGCUUGCGUAGUGAACACAAGCAUUGGCUCACACCUUUAAGUACCAGGAAAGCAUAAUAACAUAAGAGGUUACAAAAUGUUUCUGCAAGAGACGUUGUUGUCAUUUAGUUAAUUUGUAAUUCAACAAGUUAGAUGCUUGUGCGGUCAGGUUUUCACUAACUUAUAUUAAAUUACGAAAAACGUCAAGCCAUCAAAAGUAAAUUAUGUUCGCGUUAGUUUCCCGUUUUACGUAAUUUAGGUAAUAUAAUAAACUAGCUGUUGCCUAGCGAGCUAAAAAUAACACAAAAUCGCGAUGAAAACUAUGCCAAUCCAAAUUACAAAUUUCAUCCGAAUCCGCUUAGCAGGUUUUACGUGAAAGACUCACAAAGUUCAAUCUUCCAAAUUAUCCCGUUUUAAAUAGUAAUAGGAUAACUAAUUUGCUUAAUAUCAUAGUGACAGUGCUAAUACUCGUACGACAUAACUUUUUUCCUUAUUGAGCCAACUUUAGCGGUCAAACGCUGGUAUGUAGUAGCGGUCAAACGCUUUCCAGUUCAUAGUCGUCAUUCCAGAGACUUUCUACCAUAACGGUUUUUACUGUCUGUUCUGCGAAUUGUGGAUUACCUUCAUCCAUGUUAUUUCAUCUUAUGCCUAUGACGAUCAGUUUUGUAUAUACGAAAAAUAUUAUGAGAGGUUUUGGGAUUAUCAUCGCCUAUAAUCUCUUAAAUAGGCCAACUGUUGUUUUGAAUAAUUAGGAGAGCAUAAAUGCCGUGUUAUCAAUGACAUAAGAAACUUAUAAGUAAUUUACACAUAACACAAUUACAUAAAAUCAAAGUCCACGCAAUCUGAGUUAGUUUAUUCAAGCGCGCAACUGAUAUUUUUGGCUAAUAAUAAAGACAUUGAAAAAUAUUACGUAUUUAUCAACAUAAUUAGUUUUUAACACUUUGAACUCAUUUGGGGAAAGACAAGACAUGAUUUAUUUAGAUUAUUUAUUUCAUUAAUGUUAACUUAUACACGAGGUCAGUAAAUGUUAGAUAAUAGACGUCAUUAUUUUGCAUUACACAUUUUUUAUGGCACCCUAGUAUACGCACUUGAGCAUGCUUGAACUGACUCUACUUUCCAUCGCGGUAUUAAUUGAUGCAACAUUCCACAGUAACAAGUAUGUAUUUAUUCCUCGCGUCGUCGUUCACAUGGGGCCGAGUUAAACCUGCACUUAGGGUGCAAAUAUCUAGGUAUAAAUUGUACGUCGACAGAUAAAUUGCAAACUACAACGUAACAAGUUAGCGUGUGCAAUUUUAUUUUAAACUUGGGGACAAGGUUUUUUUGGCCAUUGGUCUUUUUAUCCACUUUCUACGUCUAUUAACAACUUGCAGGUUUCUUAACAAGUCUCUUUUGUACUUUUUUAGAUGUGAUACAAUCAACCGCGUCGCGUAGCGUUACUUUAUAAGGGCUGAAUUACAAAACAAUGAGUAAUGGAGCGUUUCCUAACGAGGAGAGCUGACAUUAAAAUAUCAGGAGCUCGUGGGUGUCCGCCCACGGACCUUGCGGCGCAUUCACCCUGCACAGUUCAACGGACACUUACUUUUGCGCACAACCUGAGACAGACAACGAAAAAACUAAAUCUUUCUGCGAACAAAACGUGACAAUCUAUUCCAUCACAGAAUCGCCUGUCGUUACAUAAAAAAUAAAGUAGCGCACAUUUUUGUCAGAUGAGAUAAUCAAGUGUCGGCAGCGCUCUACAAAGUGGUUCGAAAUCGGAGCUGGUUUUUUGUUCCUGAAAUCGUAACUUUAUACGGUUCUAUUGUCGAGUUUCCGAGUGUCGAAUCACGAUUUCAGAUAGAAUAGCUAAUAUGUGAAAAGAAGACUGCCGUAACAAAACGAACAAUGCUCACUGUUCAAACAGAAACAAAACAAAGUCCUGCACUAAAACAUGGUCGUAAUCAUUAAAAGAGUCAUCAAAGCCGCGCGGGUGGGCGGGCGCCUACUACGCACUCGCCGACUAACCUGCCCGUUCGGAAAUCCCCGCCGACACUACAAGCUUGUACUGAAUGGGGAACCAUGCAUAUGGUUUGGUUAAUAGUUGAAUUUCAAGCGUGGGUCGUUCACCUCGGGUGUCGAUGGAUGGUAAACAUUAAAAAAAAACUCGCCGACUUUAAGAAGCUACAAAUAUUCUUGGGCGUUACGUUGUUAAACCGGAUCUCGUGUAGGUAUUUUAUUAACCUGUGUAGUUAAUAGCCAUUGUACUCGUGUGUACUGAAUACGUUUCGGAAUAACUCGAUGACAGUUGGUUUAGUGAACUUUGGUGAUUAUUGUUACUUUACGGUGCUAUUGGAUUUUUACAUACGUUUGUGGUAUGAAAAUGAGGCGAAAGUCAGCCUGUUGAUACACCAAAAAAACGCCGAAAAUUUGUUGAUUCCAGAUUAAAACCGGUCUGUUGGCAGCCCUGCACGUAAUGUGUGUCAUGUUGGGAAAACAUACAGCCAGUGCUUGCACAAACAAACCAGGUUAAAGAUCGCAACAUUAUUUUCAAAGUUGAAGCUUUAUACCUAUUGUUUGGUACUCAUCACUAUGAACACUGCUGAAAAUGCCAAUAAUCCUGGGACUUAUGACAGAGCACAUCAUAAAAAAACAAGCCCUUCAUAUAUAAUUGCUAUUUUAUAGCGUCAUCAAGUAGAUAAAAUACAAAUUUUAUGUACAGUGUGUAUAUUUGCAAACAGACUACUAGGGAAGCAGGGGUCCAAACAACAUGAGUCGUGUGCACUAGACCCAAACAGAGAUGGCUAGACGACUCCUUUUGUGAAUUGUCCCCAAAAACAUCUGAACCGUAAGGUCUGAAAGGAAGAGGAAGGCUUUGUCCGACACCGUGUUACAAUAUUUAGUUUAAACAAGUGAAAAACAAUGACUCAGCUGCCUUGAGAUCUGGUCUGGACUUUGUGACGUAUCUGUCAAACAGCAAGGCAAUCUCAUCUUGGUAAAACUAUUUUUAGCAUGCACAUUUUCUAUAAGCAGCUUAAGUGCAGAAAUACCAGGAUACCAUAAAAGUUAUGAAUGAACGAACGCUACGUGUCGACGAUGUAAACCUUCGCAAGGAGGGUUUGGUUCUAGUUAUCGUUUUGGACUAUAUCGUCUGACUCAGUCAUUCAUGGCUUGAAUAAGAAUUAGGUUUACAAUCAUAUCAGCUGUGUGCUUCAAUGACUAAUGUAAUAUUUUUUGUGUGAAGGUCAUCUGUGUUAUGUUGUCAUUUUGAUUAAUAUUUUAUAGUAAACUAGCUGACCCAGCAAACGUUGUUUUACC